GCGGACGCGUUUUAAUUGUGUAUAUCGUAUGUUUUUUUAGUGCCUGCAAUUCGUUUACAGAUAUUGCCAAGAUGAGUGUCAUCAUCUUUCUGGUUACGGUUCUAAUUGGCUUUCUGAUAUAUUCGUUAUUGAACUCAAUCAGACGACCCCGCAAUUUUCCGCCAGGUCCUGGCUUCUUGCCUUGGUUGGGUAACUCGUUGCAGUUCCGCAGAGAGGCACGUGCCGUUGGUGGUCAGCACAUAUUAUUUGAGCAGUGGGCGAAGCGCUAUCAAAGCCAGCUGCUCGGAUUGAAGCUGGGAGAGGAGUAUGUGGUGGUGGCGCUGGGCCACGAACUGGUGCGUGAGGUGCAGCUGCAGGAGGUAUUUGAGGGUAGGCCGGACAACUUCUUUUUGCGACUGCGCACCAUGGGCACACGCAAGGGCAUCACGUGCACGGAUGGACAACUUUGGUACGAGCAUCGUAACUUUGCCAUGAAACAAAUGCGUCAGGUGGGCUACGGCCGCAGCCAAAUGGAGCAGCAAAUAGAGCACGAGGCGGAGGAGCUACUGCAGCAACUUAGUCGCACAGAAGCAGCGCCCAUAGAGCCCGUCAAUUGGUUGGCCCAGAGCGUGCUCAAUGUGCUCUGGUGCCUGAUUGCGGGCGAGAGAAUAACCAGUAAUGAAGAUGGUACACUGCGCCGGCUGCUCGAGCUGAUGAAUAAACGAUCCAAGUUAUUCGACAUAUGCGGUGGACUGCUGGCUCAGUUUCCAUGGCUGCGUCAUGUGGCACCCGAUCGCACGGGCUACAAUCUUAUCCGACAGCUGAAUGCAGAGCUUUACAGCUUCUUCAUGGAAACCAUCGGAGAGCACAAGCGUCGCCUGGAAGAGUGCCAGGCGCGUGGAGAGCAGCUGCCCGAGAACGAUCUCAUCUUCGCCUAUCUGCAGGAGAUGCACAGCCAGCGACAGGACACCGAUAGCUUCAACGAGACACAACUGGUGAUGACAAUACUGGACUUUUUUAUUGCUGGCUCGCAGACUACCAGCAAUACAAUCAACUUGGCAUUAAUGGUGCUGGCCAUGCGCAAGGAUGUGCAGGAGCAGCUGCAUGCUGAGGUGUCCGCCAAUGUGCAGACUGUUGGCGCAGAGACGGAUGCAUUUCCUCAUCUCAGUCGGCGUGAGUCCUUCCACUACAUGGACGCCUUCAUCAUGGAGGUGCAACGCUUCUUUCACAUAACUCCCAUAACGGGCCCGCGUCGCGCACUCUGGCCUACCAAACUGGGCGGCUUCGAUAUACCCAAGAACACCACAAUACUUAUUAGCUUGCGGUCAGUGCACUUGGACGAGCAACAUUGGAGCGAGCCACACGAGUUUCGGCCAGAACGUUUCAUUGAUGCCGCCGGAAAGUGCUGUAAGGACGAGUACUUUAUGCCAUUCGGUCUGGGACGGCGCCGCUGUCUUGGCGAUGCGUUGGCGCGCGCCUGUAUUUUUUCGUUUCUUGUGCGGAUUGUGCAGCGCUUUAGCAUUGUCCUACCAGAGGGUGAAACGCCAUCGCUGAUCCUGCAACCGGGCAUCACACUAACGCCCAAACCGUACAAAGUGCGGUUCGUGAAACGCAGCUGAAUUCGUCCAGCUGGAAAAUGACAUCAAUCCAUUAACAUCAUUUAAAUUGAAA